AUGGUGGCGCGGGCGCUGUGGGCGCUGCUGGCGGCGCUGCGGGCGGGCUGGUGCCUCCUGCCGCAGAGCGGGUACCUGCACCCCGACGAGUUCUUCCAGGCACCCGAGGUCAUGGCAGGAGAUAUUUUAAACCUUCAGGUCUAUUAUCCAUGGGAGUUCCUUUCCAGCUCUCCUUGCAGAACAGUUGUUUUCCCGUUAAUGACAUCAGGAGUUACAUACUGGCUGAUGAAAUCUUUGCAGCAGUUGGAUGUAUGUUCAAGUUGCAUCAACAGCUACACUCUCCUUGUAUCUCCUCGCCUGCUCAUUACAAUCUUUUCUUUCAUACUCGACUAUAGUGUUUAUCGAUUGGCCCCUUUCUGGGAAGCAGAUCCGUGGAAAGCACUGGUACUUCUUGCUGGAUCAUAUGUCACGCUGGUGUUUUAUACAAGAACGUUUACCAACACACUCGAAGGACUUCUCUUUGCUGUUCUCAUGGUACUGGUUUCUUCAAGGAAGUCCAGUGGCAGCUCAGCAGAGCCUACAAGCAGCUCUCUCAUAGGUGUCAUAACAACUGCUGGGUUUUUCAACAGGCCAACCUUUCUGGCAUUUGCUCUAAUGCCCCUGCUUUACUGGGCCGGUUUAAUUGUUGACUCUCAAAAGAGCAUUAAAACUCUCAUAAACCACUUUUUGAAGUUUAUCCUAUGUACAUGUUUUACUGCUUUUGUUUUCAUAACUGCUGACACCUUCUAUUUUACCUCUGUGAGCUUAGACAACCUCUGCAGCACUAACAAGAGCAGCCUAAUUGAUGUAAUAGUUCAAUUACAUGACAAAAUGGUAGUAACUCCCUUCAAUUUUCUCAGCUAUAAUCUUAAUCCUCAUAAUCUUGCACUGCAUGGAAGUCACCCACGAGUUACACAUUUUACAGUCAACGGAGUAAUGUUGUUUGGGAUCUUACAUAUUCUGGCCAUUGGUGCUGGCUUUAAAAUGCUAAAGAAAUAUGUCCGUCAGUUAAUGCUGGUCAGAUGGUAUUACCAUGGGCUGCCCGAGCUGUUGAUGCAUUCUGAGGGCAGUGCAACAUUGCUGCUGUUUUAUUUUGUUCCUCUGGCAUUUCUCUCUCUGUUCAGUCACCAGGAGCCUCGGUUUCUCAUCCCUCUCAUCCUGCCGUUGGUGCUGUUCAGCGCGUCACCAAACAGGGCUGUGAAAUGGAAACUCCUCAUUGUUCUGUUCAACCUUCUGGGGGCACUGCUGUUCGGGUGCUUACACCAGGGAGGGCUCAUUCCCUGUUUGUUUCACUUGGAGCAGCUCAUCCAUUCUCCAGCAUCCUCAAGCCACCCGCGGCAAUACACUCUGCUCUUUGCACACACCUACAUGCCUCCAAGGUCUCUGCUCAAUAUCAAGAAGACAGACGUGCAUGUGGAAGUCAUUGACAUGGCUGGAGCUGGAGAAGAAGCCCUCUGCCAGACAGUAGAGCAGCGAGCAAGCAAUUUUACCUGUGGAGACUGUCAUAUCUUUAUUAUAAUCCCUGGUACAGUCAGAGCCACAAUUACAAAAUGUGGUGUCUCAUUCAAGAACGAGACUUUGAUAUUUCCUCACUUAUCAAUGGAAGACCCACCACAAAUACCUGUACUAUCCAGUGGAAAUUGGAGGAGUCAGUUAGGACUUUACAUCCUUGAGCUAAACAGAGAUCAUCAGAGCCUUUAGAUUUUUGGAGAACAAAAUUUUAGUAUUUUAGUCCAUUUGGAUUCUGUCUGAUGGUGGUGUGAGACCUUCCUCAUUCAUACACCUUCCUUUCAGCAUUGGCACUGGGAGCUCUCCCAAGUCACUUUAUUCCCAUUCCUCACACUCUUAGGGUAGCCAGUUCUGGAUAGAACCUGCUUAAAAUCUGACUUACUCAGCCCUGUGGUGUUUCAUAUGAACUUUUGUAAUUCUCCUGAUGAGAGAGAAUGAAAUUGGAGCCCACCAAAACUGUUAUUGAAGCUUAGCUGUUUCCAUGUGAGAUUUAUUUUUGAAAGCUCUUAUAAUCUCUGACAGGGUUUGGGGACUGUGGGGUGUUUACUGAUAAUAGGCAUUAAUUCAGCUGCUGGAGAGAGAUUACAGGGUUAGACAAAAGCUGGUCUGACUCAGUAAUCUUUUAUUUUAUGUUCUUAAAAAUUCAUUAGACCAGACUGCAGUUAUAGUACUGUACCACUGCCUUGGAUGGUGGGUCUGUCUUGAAAAAUCCCCAGCAUUGAUCUGGCAGAAUCAGAUUUAGAACAUGGAAGAUGGUUCAGCCGAAGUACUUGUGCUAAAUCCUAAAAUCUAAGCUUUGCCUGUUUAGCCUCCCUUCCCAC